UUCGACACGAGAGCACAGGAAGUCAUCCAGCAGUAUAAACAAGUGCAGAGCGAUUUGGCCGCAGAAUUGAAAUGGAGCAAUAAUUCUCUUUCUGAAUUUUGCUAUUCCAAUUAUCUGGAUGCGCAGCCCAAUUUCCAUCCCUCGCCCUUCCACCGGUAUUUUAUUUGAAAAACUUGCAACAAGUGGACACGAGCGCCCCCUGCCGGCGCCGCUUCCCGCAUCCUUGCGCCUCCCCCCGAUGACGUGCAAAAACUGGACGACGACGACGAAGAGGAGGAGGAGGAGGAAGAGGAGGACAAGGUGUUGAGCAUCACCCGCAGCAAUAACGCUUCCCCCCCCCCCCAAACGGAUUGGCGGAGCGUUUGCGAGCUUUUUAAAAACAUUUUUUUUAUAUAUAUAUAUAUAUAAACGGACCUGAGGGUCGACGCAACGCAGUCAUGAGGUGACUGCACGUCGGACUUGCUCAGCAUGCGGCAGGAGCGCCUCGGCGGUGCCGCCGCCGCCGCCGCCGCCGCCUCGUCGCUGGCCGGAAGGAGGCCCCGGGCGGGCGGCCGCCGGCGGCGGCGGCAGGAGGAGGCGUCGGCCGGGGUCGGCGACAUCAUCAGCAGCGUGCUGAGGAAACGCAACGGCAUCUCGAGGAGCGCGCCCAGGCUGCUGUGCACGCUGGAGCCAGGAGUGGACACGAGGUUAAAGUUCACCAUCGAACCUUCUGUGGGGAAGAACGGAUUUCAGCAGUGGUACGACGCCCUCAAAGCGGUGGCCAGACUUCCGACCGGCAUCCCCAAAGAAUGGAGGAAGCGGGUGUGGCUGACGCUGGCCGACCAGUACCUCCACAGCAUCUCCAUCGACUGGGACAAGACGCUCCGCUUCGCCUUCAACGAGCGCAGCAACCCGGACGACGACUCGCUGGGCGUCCAGAUCGUCAAGGACCUGCACAGGACGGGCUGCAGUUCCUACGGCGGCCAUGAGGGGGAGCAGGACAGGGUGGUCCUGAAGCGGGUUCUGCUGGCGUACGCCCGCUGGAACAAGGCGGUGGGCUACUGCCAAGGCUUCAACGUGCUGGCGGCGCUGAUCCUGGUUGUCACCCAGGGCGACGAGAGCGACGCGCUCAAGGUCAUGAUCUACCUGAUCGACAAAGUGCUGCCCGAGAGCUACUUCGCCAACAACCUGCGGGCGCUGUCAGUGGACAUGGCGGUGUUCCGAGACCUUCUGCGCGUCAAGCUUCCCCGACUGUCCCAACACCUGCACUACCUCCAGAGGGCGGCCAAUAAGGAGGCGGGAGGCAGCUACGAGCCGCCGCUGACCAACGUGUUCACCAUGCAGUGGUUCCUCACCAUGUUUGCCACCUGCUUGCCGGCGCCCACCGUGCUCAAGAUUUGGGACUCGGUCUUCUUCGAGGGCUCCGAGGUGCUGUUCCGCGUCGCCCUCGUCAUCUGGGAGCGGUUGGGAGAGAGGAUUUCGUAUUGCCAGACGGCCGACGACUUCUACAGCACGAUGGGCCGCCUGACCGGGGAGAUGCUGGACCGGAACCUCGUCGAUCCUCCUGAGCUCAUUCAGGAGGUUUACGGCAUGGCGGCGUUCCCGUUCCCCCAACUGGCCGAGCUGAGGGAGAAGUACACCUACAACAUCACGCCCUUCCCGACCUCGGUCAAGCCCAGCGGAAGCGGCUGGGAGAGCGACGACGAGGCGGACGACGACGACGACGACGCCGCCGCGGCCGUGUCGGCGCUCGGCUGUCUGGGGCCGCUGGGGGGUCUGCUGGCGCCGGAGAUACAGCGGUACCACAAGCACCUAAAGGACCAGCGAGCCGAGCGGGGCGACAUGGCCGAGCUGAGUCCGGGAGCGGUGGGGGUGGGGACGGGGGCGGGGCCCAGGGCGGAACACCAGGCCGCCGUCAACGGCAUGAUGACGGAGCGCAUGAGCACCGACAUCCACGCCCUCAAGAAGCAGUACGCUCGCAUCAAGAGGCGCCAGCAGCAGCAGGCCGCGCACCUCUGCAUUCGCACAGACAAAUGUCCCGCCACCCGCGUCCUCGCGUCCCAACUCAACCCGUCCAGCACCGUCAUCAACCAUUUGCUUCUGGGUCGGAAACCCCGCGGAGCUUCCCGGCCUUCCGGUGGCACCCCCCCGCCGGCCCGGCCCGUCACGUCGUCCCCCACUCGGGGCUCUCCGGGCGGGCGGCGGCGAGGCUCCCGGCCCUCCGACGGCGGCGCGGCGUCCCCUUGGCGGGCCCACAUGCGAGCCCAUCGGAGGAACGUGGCCCGGGCCCGGCUGGGCUUCGGGGAUUCCGAAGACAUGGACGAGGAGAACGGGAAAACGGAAGACAGAGUCGGCGACGGCGCCGCCGAGGGUUGCGCUGAUCCGGUGCAUGAGAAGGUUCCCGCGGAGAUGGAAGAGGUUUCGGUCCGACUUGGCACUGUGGACCUGGAGGACGAUCCUCCUCCAAAGCAGAUUUCGGAUGCCCGGCGUGUCCUUCGUCCAUCUGCAGUCGCCGAGGAGGACUCGUCGACUUCCAAAGGCGACGAUGGGGAUUUCCCCGCCGUCACGCCACCUCGGGCAGACUCCCGCAUCCCGUUUUCAAGUCUGAGUCAGUCACCUUCUCCAGUUUCUACGUUAACAUCCGUCGAGCCCUCGUCCUCCCCGACGCCGCCCUCCACUCCCCCCGCACUCCUUCCAGGCUUCUACAAAACGUCGUCUCCGUCCACACCGUCUCUCUCCUCCGUCGGGUCCUCGUCUCGGGCUUUCACUCCCGCGCCGCAGUUGUCUUUGGUGCCGAAGCCGCAAGUCUUCUCGCCGUUCCCGUGCGUCAAGCUUCCCAGGAAAUCCUCGGCGGCCCGCAACCUGGGCCUGUACGGCCCCACCUCCCGGACGCCCGCAGUCUGCUUCCCCCAGCUGAGCCGCAACUGUAGCGGCGCCGCCGGCACCACCAGGAGGCGUUGAGAACUUUUUCCCGGCAGUCAGGCGCACCGUGUGACCGCCUGGAAAUCAAAAGUUCGUCCCGGGAGAGGAAACCAGAGACUUUCUUUCAACCUAUGCAGGUUCGAGCGGACCGGACCGCCAAAUCAGAACUGAAAGGUGACUUCGAUCACACUUGAGCGCCGCACCGAAGCCAUCCACUCCUUUCUAAGCCAGAGAGAUAAAAAUCACUAAAAAGGUUCCCCCCCCGCCCCCCCCCUUUCUUUGAGAUGCACUCGCAACCAAAAUGUAUGCUAGCACCGUGACUGUUCAACACAAGGAAUGUAAACACAAAUAAAGGAAGAACCGCAGCAUGGAAGUUUGGUGUCUGAU